GAGGCAAACAAUACCUUUAGCUUCAAUUCUGAGAAUAAGCUGGAGGAGUGUGUAUAUCAGGAUGUAGGAAUUACAUAAAACAUUCAGUUUGCCUUGAUCUGGAUUUUCUGUGUGAUAACAAAUAUGAUUAGAGACUACUUCGAUGGGAGGUUCACAACACUAUAAACAGCAUGCUGUACUAUGGUAUAUAGCUUGGCCAAAUAUUGUAACCUGGUGCCACUGUCAUCUUUUACUUUCCCUGAAUUUGGAUGACUGUGUUGUUGGACAUGUGUGAUCUGUAACAUUUGACUUGCGAUGUUGGACUUGUGUGUAGUGGUUCACCACCAUUUGAUGUUGGAUUGCUCCAGAUGCUGACCAGAAAAUGGAACUUGCUGCUGUAGCAAAAGACUUGUGAUAUUGCUUAGUGUUGGAACCCUUUGUAGCAGUCAUUACAGGUCUUGUUUGAACACCAACCACAAUCACAGCAAGGUGAGGAGACUCCUGAACUAGACGCGGGGAGUAACAUACUGUAGAACAGUGGAUAACGACAGAACAUUUAGUGUCCUAAAGUGCCAUUCUAAUAACAGGUGUUAAUAGUCAUUGUGACAGAAGUCUGUGAGAUGUAGUGACGAGGUCUGGGAUAUACUGUAUCUAAAGUCAAACUAAAAAGCAGUGGACAGUUGCAGGGUCCCUGAGGACAUCAAGAACUAUAGCAGAAAGCUGUGGGGUUCAUAUAGUACCACACCAAACUGAAGUGGAAAGUCAGAGUCAGUUGAUAAAGAGUGCCACACACCAAACUAUCACGAAUCGGUUAAAGUCAGCGACUAGUGCUAGCUGUGUAUAGUCAAUGCCUUUACAGUGUUACCCCUAACAGGAACUGAGGGUAGUCACAGAACAUCUUAUAGUGCCACUUCGCGGUGGUUCUACUGUGUGUGGAAGUGGUGACAGUACAGACUAGCAGAGUGGUGACACUCGGGACGAGACGCAGUAGUGAGACAUGAUGGAGAUCUGCAGCUGUGAUGUCUUAACUAUUCUGUUGGGAUUUUACUUAUUUACAGUGUCAAAUGCCAGUGUCCAGAACAUAUUUGUCAGUGGUUGUUCUCGAGAGACUAUUGAGUUGGGAUGUCCAUUAGGUCACAAGAUUGCCAUCAAAAGACUGUUUUACGGUGUCAAGACUGAUCGUAAAUGUGCUGACCGAGGACGUAAGCAUAAGAGUGACUGUUGUCGUCGUACCUACGAUGACUGUCUGAUAUUUAAUGAGGACAAGUAUAAUGUGCUGAAUAUAAUGUGUUCAGGCUACAGGAACUGUGAGGUUGACGUGAAGAGGAUUAACACCCGAGGUGAAUGUGAUAACCCUGAGUGGAGACUUACGGAUUACAUGACUGUCAUCUACGACUGUGUGUCAGACACAGAUGUCGCCCGGUUCUGUUCCAAUGACCAUAAACGUGGUAAGGAGUUGUACUUGUCUAACUUGGAUUAUCCUUCACCUAUUGUCCCUGGGCCUCGCACCUGUCGCUGUGUGCUCAAGUCUGGUUAUACACAAGGUCUGUCCAUCCAUGCCAUCGAUAUCAUGAUCACCCGACCUGAGGACAGUCAAGUCUGUACCCAAAGCCUAAGCAUUCAGGACACCUAUGGCCAGACCAAGAUCAUUCGUUGUGGACAUGGUGGGCUGUAUGGGUUCCGGACCAUCUAUAACAGGAUGGUGACCAAUGUCAGUCUGGAGUUAAAAAGCAAUGUGAAUGACAGCCGUGGUUAUAUCUGGCUUCACCUCAAAAGUGAGAACACUGAGGACUUUGUGAAUCUGUAUUGUGGGGAAGCUAUCAGUUCUCUCACAGCUGGACCAGUUACAAACACCAGUGUAACCCCGAAUCCAACAAAAGUGCCACCUGUAGGGAACAACACUGUGUAUCCUAGUAAAGGGUGGUCAACUCCACAUCUCAUACCUGAUAUGGUGGCCAUCAUUGGAGGUAUUGCGGCAGCUGUUGCCCUUAUCCUUCUGGUUUGUCUGGUAGCCAUCGCUGUCCAUUGUACAAGGGUACGGGAGCGGCGCCAUCCCAAGAUACCAGAAGUCAUACCGUCGCCAAUGGUUCGUGGAAAAUCAUAUGACAAUGAUGAGCCUGACGCCACUAUACAGAGAUAUAACUAUGAUGAGGAACGUUACUGUUCCAUCAAGAGGUCACCGAUGAAAAUGACCAAAUACUCAGAAUUUGAUGGAGAUUCUGAUAAAAAAUUGAAGGAGGCUUUUCUUGCACCUGAUAAUACUCCAGAGGAUGACGGACAUUUAGUUCCCAAUGGGGCACCUCCUCGACCGCCAUCUCCUGACCCUGCUCUGUUGGACAUGACCCCUCCUCCUGUGUAUAAUGGAGAAAUGGAAAAAUAUUACACCAUGCACCCACAGAAACCCAAGACAGAAAUAGCCGAAAUAAGAGUAACGUCGUCUUUACCCCACAGAGGGAAGAUAAAAAAAUCUGUGACAUUUUCUCCAGUUGCUAUGGUAACCCCUUUACCUUCUGGAUCGGAGGAGUCAAUUGGCUCUGAUGGAGACAGAAAUUUAGCCAAUGUGAUAGAUAUUUACCAAAAUUUGCAGGGGAAACAUGGCCCAGGAUCUCCAGACCUGAAGGAGGCAAAACAUGUGUUGAUCCUACCCCCUCCCCCAGAUGAAAACAGUGUUCCAGUAAAUACUCCAGAUCCUUUGGAAAUGGCAGAGAUGGAGGAGUUAUGGAAGACACUGACAACCACAACCAUGGAUGAAGGUGCUUAUGACAAUAUUGAAUAUUUGCUGGCACAGAAUAGGGCUAACAAUCAUCGCGAGGUAAAUGGAGUCAAGCCGAAAAGUUUUGAAACUGGUGUGUAACAGUGAGUCAGCCUUCAUACAUAUGUAUAUAGUGCAAUAUCCCUACACAUAUACUUAUGCUGAGAUAACACUUAGCAAGCAAGCACUCCCAGUUCCCUGUACAGUCCUGUGCCAUCAUGCAUGUAAUCUGAAAAAGUACAUGUAAAGGGACAUAACUCCUAGUACCCAGCUUGGAUUUUACUACAAUUACUACCCAACUUUUCUGUGCAAUAUCAUUGUAUAAUACUACUGAUAAACUCAGGUUUAAUUUAUUUGUAUAUUAAUAUUUAUUUAAAUUCUGUUUAUAGCAUUGCAAUCAGAUCAGAUAUGAUUAAUCAUUUCAGAAUAUUCAUGAGAAAGAGGAAAAAGGUUUUCUUUUUAGGAUAAAAAUGUUUAAGUUCACAUUUCAUCAUAAUGAUGUAGAAUUAUGACAGUGUAUCAUUUUUUUCUUUGUUUGGAUUGAUUUUUUUAUUGUUUGAUUGUAUAUACAAUAUACCAUCAUUUUGAAUUAUACUGCAUAUGAUCUGCAUUGUUACCAUUUUAAUAGAUGUUCUGUGUUUCCGUGCACCACUUAACUGUUACGGAUGGAAGUUGAUUUAUCACACCAGUCACCAUAUAUUGUCGUGAUAUGUUUGUACUGAUACGUGUACUUACUUCUUAAGAAAGUUGAAAGAUCAUUUGCUCCAUAACUUAUGAUAUAUGUGUUGUAAAUUUGACAACAGAAAUGUGUUUAUUUGAAAUGUGUUCACAAUUUUUUUCAUGUACACUAUGUACAUACUAGUAUUAGUUUACAAUUCUUCAACUCAUUCAAUUGAUAUCCAAUACAUUUAUCACAGAGAAGACCAAACACAUCAAACAAAAUGUAUCUUAAUCAACGAAAUCUGAAUGCAUUUAUAUCAAAUUUUGUUGUUGUAUUUGUCGGAGUAGAAAAAGUCACAAAUUUUUAUCAGUGUUGUUUUACUGUAUAUCUAAUGAAGUUAUGGGCUGUUCUAUACUUCUGAUUGGCUGUCCAUAGAUAAAAUCGCCCUUCUGAUUGGCUGUCCUUAGAUAAAGUUGCCUUCCAUUGUACUACACCUGUAUCCCUUGUAUAAUGUAACACACGGUUCUAGGUCUGUGGACCCAUUGACCCCAAACCUGAAAUCCUUAAGACGCUGAUUGUACUGGUGUGAAAAAGGUCGAUAUGGCCACCAGAUCUAAAUUUCACAGCUAACACUAGAUGUUUUAUCAUACUUGCUAACUUAAUUGUCCAUUCCUGAAUGGAUUGUCUGUUUCUGCUAUUUUCAUACUUCAUGUUUUGUAACAUUGUCAAACACUUUAGUGUCUGCUGUUGUUGCCCUACUCACAUGUUAAUCAAAAUGACUAUAAAUUGAUAUAGUAUUAAUAUAUAAAAUCUACCUAAUCAUUCCAGUUGUUGUUGUAUACUGCAGGUAUUAACAUGGUCAUGUAGCUGUAUAAAGACAACAUAGUGUCAGUAUUAUAGAAAUGUUUUAAUUGUAACCAUAAAGAUGUCUAGUCUAGUCAGAUAUUGUGUUCUAUAAGUUAUUGUGUUGUUUAAGCUCGUUUUGUUUCCCUCAUCUUCCUCUAAUCAAGGUUUAUUUGAAUUUUACAUCUGUAUGUUAGUGUUAGAAAAACCAUAAUCUGCGAGAAAGAGUCAAAAUUUAAAGACGAGUAAAAUAAAAUCCUUGAUUUUCUUUUCCCUCUUGGGGCGUGGUCUGUUUAUGUACCAGGAAUAUCAUAAAACAGGAUCAAAAUUUAGAUAAAGAUCCUAGUAGAUGUGUUCAAAACAGAAGGAAAGGAUUAAUAUCUAUCUCAUAUGUACUGUGUAAGGGGAGGUAACCCUUGAGGACAGUGCAUAUAGGAAAUUAUGCAGAAUGAUUGCAAUGAAAAGCAUCACAACAAUAUCGUUUAAUGCAAAAUGUCUUCCUACCAUAGGAGUGUACAGUAAUAUGCUGCUAUUUGAAACCAUCGCUAUGAUAUUUAUGGAGGAGGAUAGUUUUAUUCUCAAAACAAGUUUUGAUGAAAUUAAAUAUCUCUACGUUGACAAUUUUGGAUCCAUGGAAGCUUGGUCAGAAAACAGAUACUGGAUUAGAUAUAUAUGUCUGGUCUGGUGGCAUGUCAGGGUAAUAUUCAAAAUAAAUAAACAUGACAGUUUUGUAUUUGAAUCAGAGGAAAAUGUUUUUUUGCUUUUGUUUUUUGUUGUUUUUUUCGUAAAAGUUUAUAUAAGAUUUGACAAUGUAACCAAAUCUUUAAGGUUUAAUUUGAUCACUUACAGGAGUUUAAUUAUCACACGGAGUCCUCACUUGAGUUUUUAUUUUAUACAGUAUAUCCAAAGUAUAUGUUUAGGUUAUUGAGAUACUGCAAAUGGCAUGGUUUAACAAGAUGUGAAUAUUACUAUGGAGAAUUGACCAAUAGACAAUCCUAAUGAAUUACAUCAUACAGUACAUUUAUUAUAGUAGUUGAAUGACACCUUUAACAAAUAUGACACUUUCUAAAAAUAAAUCAU